AUGAUUGAAGAGAUUGACGUAAAUAUGGACAGUGAACAACGUAAGUCUUACCUCUACAUGACUAUUGUAAGGAACUAGAAAGAAUAUAUAGCAUUUGUUUUAAUUUCUCGAUGUAUUUUGUUUUUAUUCACCUAAUUGGCUAAUAAUAGUACUAUAUUUUACUUCUGCAGUUGAUGUGCCCCCUAUGUUUUCUUCGACACCAAUAAAAUCGAAACCUCUAGAGAAGACAACUGAGUUACAUCUUAGUAUUGAUUCCAGCGAGUAAGCCAACUAAUGCAAUUUAAUUUAAAUAUUAAGAUUAGAGUAUAUGUGUGUGUGAUCAUAAUUCAAUUAAUUUAUGAUGGUGAAUAUCAUUGUACAGUAUUAAAUGUAUUUUGUACAUUACACUUAUUUAUAGAUCAGAAGAAGAUGAUAUACUAAACAUUACCAGUUUAUCACAAUCUUCGGAUAACCUGAAUCAAAGUUACAGGAUUUUAGAUGACACAGUAUCUGUACAUCGCUCAUCACCAUCGGGGAGCAGUUCAAGUGAUGUGGGCAGUGAUUCACACCUGAAUUCAUUAUCUGAAUGUUCAUUGAGUGAUGAAGACAGUGAUGGAAAUAGUGAUAAAGACAGUGAUGAAAAUAUAACGUGAGUCAUAUAGUAUUGUAAGUUUUGUUUACACUACUAGCCUUGACCUGGCAUUGGCCUACAUUUUGACAGAGUGAAAACAGACCUUGGCCUAGCCUUGGCCUGACCUAGGCCAAUAAAUCUGGGCUCACUACAACUGGUGGCCUAGUCCUGGCCUAGGCCUGUGGAAAUGUAAACACUUUCAGCCCUGGCCUGGGCAUUAUUUCCGUGGCAACGUGUUCCUGCAGUGAGAGAUUAGCGGCCACCAAUGGACAAUGUCACAACACAUAAAAAUACACAAAAUUAAUUACAAAAGUCUAGGCCAAAGUGAUCCAGUCUAAAAAAAAACACAGUGUAAUGGUGUAAACACACCACAUUUACCUUGGUCCGGCCAAGGUUAGGCCAAGGCUUGUAGUGUAAACACAACUGUAGUUUGUGUGGAUGAAAAUCAAUGAACCUCAAAAACUCAACAUACUGGUAGUAAUUAAGCUGUUAAUUUAUAACCAGAUGGACCUAUGACUUAAAUUUUUAAUGACUUAAAUUUUUAUAAAAAUGUCAAUGCUGUGUCUGUUAAGGUUGCUUUCCAUCCUAAAUUAUUAAAAAUUACUUUUACCUCUGUAAAAAUCUUUGUGGUGCAUGUCUGAGCUUACUAUAAUUCAUUAUACAUAGCUCUCAUGGUGGUUAUGUAAUUGAAUAAAUUGUUAUCUAUUGAAUAUAUUGGAAAGUGAACUGUGAGGAGACCACUUCUAAGGCUAUGCAAUGAAACAAAGCUUAUAUACAUGCACUGAAAAUUUUAUAUAGAAAAAUGUCUGUUAAUUAAAAUAAGGGUAAUAAUUCUAGCCAUUGUUGGAAACAGGAUAAAAUGUGCUGGUUGGAUGGGGCUUAGUAAACGACAACUAUUUCACUGAAAUGUUUGUCAUUUUGCAGGUUCUUUGAAAUUGAAGAGGAAGAUGAGAAUGGUGAAACAUCUGAGUCAACAUCUGACAUACUGGUGCAACCACCUCCCCUCCCCUCUGAUAUUUGUGAAUCAUCUACAUUUGAUAAUUAUUUUGUAUCUGAGCAACCCAGGCAGUCUCUGCCAAAAACAUUUUUGGCCCCCAAUGUUAAACCAAGAUCCCAUGAACUGAAUAGGGAAGAACAUAAUGUAAAGCACAAAGAGCAGAUUAAACUUGCUAAAUCGAUCAAAAUAAUUUGCACGCUAGAUUUGUUGCUUCAGAACUUUCAAGAGAAAUGCAGGAAUCCAACAUGCAACGACAAAGUGUAUACAAAGCACACUUUAAUUGGCACAUGUGUACUGAUUGAGUGGACAUGCCAUAGUGGUCAUGCCGGGAAAUUCUACUCUUCUUACGAUUGUAAUUGGAUUGCUGCCACAAGUCUGCAAACUGCAGCAUCCAUUUUGUUAUCAGGAAACAAUUUUUAUAAAAUGGAGAAGUUUGCCAGAUUCUUAGGGUUGUCAUUUAUUUCAAGUUCAACAUUCUUUCCUUUCCAAAGGCUUUAUUGUUUACCAGUUAUAAAUGAGUGGUGGGAAUAG